AACGUUGGAUUGUGUGGGUGGACGCAGGCUGGUUCUUCUCUCCAUUUUAGUCCCUUCCUAGGCAUGGCGGUACAUGAGACACAGCAGACAUUUAACGUUAUUGAAGCUCAGAAGAAGUUAUUUGACAAUGCUUUGGAAGGGAACUUUGCAGACUUUGAGCAUAAAGAAUCACAAGACUUUGCCAACUUUGACAAGAUGAACAGCAAGUGCUAUGAAUAUCAUAAUGAAGAAAAGCAAAUUGAACAAGAUUUUGGGAAGGAGCAUUACAUCAGUGACAGAAAAGAAGCUUGUGGGAGUCCCUGCAGUAUGUCAAAGAUAGGGGAGUUGGAGAUUGACCAGAAACUCUCUUUCCAAGAGCACAGGCUUGGCACCAGCAGAGGUUUCAGGGACUUCAAGGAGGGCCUGAAGGAAGAAUACUCAGACAAGAGCUUUGCUGACUUCAAGGCAGAUAUGAAAAACAGCUUUACUAGUAGCCUGAACCAGAGCUUUGGAGAUUUGGAAACCAGUUCAAAUAAAGGUUGUGAUUUGGGGGAGCUGACCUCAUAUGAUGUAGAGUGGGACUCCGAUGGUCACCCUACUGGGGAGCGUUGGCCUCCCCUCGGAGCUCCUAAUGACGAUGAAGACAACCAGUCCCUCUACUCAUAUUCAGAAUAUAACUGGCAAAGGGGACAAAGCAGCAGAGGGGGAGCAAGGCUGGAAGAUGAUCGUUUACAGCAGCUUGAAGAGGAACAGGAACAGCUCAAUACAUCUCUCCUGGCCUUAACAUCACAUUUUGCUCAGGUGCAGUUCAGAUUGAAGCAGAUUGUAGAUGCAUCACCAGACGAAAAAGAAAAACUUCUUCAUGAGCUUGAGGAGUUUGCCAACAGGGGGAUCCCAGACUUACGAGAGGCAAAUGCUAGAAGAAAGUCGACUGUGAGCGAGCAUGUUGAUGGUGAGGAAGAUGAUCAUGCAGGAAUGGCCAAACAGAAGGAAUUAAUUGAAAAGUUGAAGCAGCAGCUGGAAGACUUAGAAAACUAUGCCUACCAGACUGGAGAAGGUGGACCUCCUCAAGCCAAAGUCAUGGAAAAGCAACGGGUCGUUAUAGAGCAGCUAAAAGGGACGCUUAACUUGAAUGUUGACGAGUUUGACAGACUAAGCGUGGAUGAUUUAAAAGUGCAGGUUGAUAGCGCCAUUCGUGAGUUGGUGAAUCCGCUCAAGAUGAAGGAACAGUUGGUGGCCCAGCUUCAAACGCAAAUUGUAGACUUGGAGAGGUUCAUAGAAUUCUUGCAAGGUGAGGGCACCGGUGGAGUCAUCAAAAAUGGUAAGGUUCCUUGUAGAUGCAAAACACCUGAAGCACGUCACCCGGGAGAUGGGAAGCCACAAGAGAGUGGCUUUUCUCAGGGCAGGCUCGGUACACAAAGAUGCAAAAGUAAGAGCAAGAGUGAGGAGAGAGAGCAGCUACGCAUGGAAACGGAAAAUAUUAUGAAACGAGCGACCACGUUAUUAAACAUGCUUUCAUUUGGGUGUGGUGCCUCCAGCUCCAGAUUUCAAAAGAAUACUCUGAAAAAGACUCCACAGGGAAACCAUUAUGGGGACUUGAGGGCAGGUUUAGAGAUCGCAGUAAACAACUUGCUAGAUGUUCUGGGCCCAGAAGUCACCGCAGAUAGUGAUUACACCAGUGAUUCUGAGGAGACUCCUAUCAUGAUAUCCAAUGAGGAGGUGACGCACAUUGUUCGCAAGCAGCUUACUCCAGCUCUCAGAGACCUCAUGCAGCAUGGGCUGAUGCCAGUUGGACAGAGUCAGAGUUUGGUGCCUUUCCUCUCGUGUUUCCCCCAGCGGUCACACAAACCCACAAAACUGAUGCAUGCAUGGGACCUCAUCCUGAAGUACUACCAACUCAAGAAGGGAGACCAAUACAACAGGACUCCAGCAAGGAGGCUCAGCCAGAGCUUCAAUCUUGACAUUCACGGAGGAUCAGCUGUGACCAACAAGCAAAACCUCUUGGGCAUCAUUGGCAACAUCAUAUCCACUCACACUCCACUCAAGCGGAGCUACGAUUCUCACUUGAAGGCCUUUGUGUGCGCAGCUCUUAACCAAAACAAACUGAUUACAUGGUUGAGGUUAAUCUUCCGGACUCAGUAUUUAGUGGAGAACUACUACCAGUCAUGGAGUUAUGUCUGUAAAACAGGCUUUGAAGAUGCUUUCCGAUCAAUGGAGAGGUUAAACAAAUACAACUUUGAUCUUCCCGUGGACUUAGCUGUGCGUCCUUUCCAGAAUAUAAAAGAUGCAUUUUGAGGAGGCAGUAUGUCAUGAAUUAAUGACAGCUUUAUUGAGUGUCUUCAUUUGCUUCAUUGCUUUUAUCAGGCAUAACCAGUUAAACAGAUCAAAGGCUAGACCAUAGGCCAAAGGAAUCUCCAAUUAUUGUUUUUUUUUCCAGGAGCCAUUUUUUUCAGUAUUAUGGAUCUUGCAAUUAGAGCAAAGUCCAGUAUGGUUCGGUAAUAUGAGGGCAGACUGUGUGCUAUCAAAAGAAAAAAAAAAAAAACCUUCUGAGAACAUUACAGUCAUAAGAUCUGUGAGUUCUCCAAGAGAAUAUAACUUAUUCCUAUUACUGUAAGGUUACUCUGGUCACCCUCCCUACUUCCAGACAUUAUAUUCCUUCCAUUGUUAUUAAGUACCAUUUUGCAGGGGUCUUUUCAAUCCUUUUAUUCUUCACCACGUUUCACAUAUAUCAAGCACAAUGUUGUCUUGUAAGAACAAAAAUCAAAUGCAAAGUAGUUCCCUCUGCUGGUUUGAAUAGUAACGUCAUAUAUGCAUGUUAAAUACCCUCCUCCGAAGGCCCAUGUAGUAUAAAGGCUCGAGGAGUUGACUUCAAAGCAGGUGAGUGUGUUGUGAAGAAA